UCGUGUGUGACUUAUUGACUACAUUAUUUGAUUGCGCCGGAACUCAUUGUUAAAAAAAUUGAGAAAAUCCAGAGACUGCCGCCGAAAACAGAGUGAAAAAGUCGCGAUCAAGACAAAGUGGCUGAGUGCGUUACAAAUCGAGUCAACUUGCUUGUCUUUUGAAACACUCAUAAAUUAGUGCACUCGACGACCCUCAAACUAGGGAGACAUCAAUCAUAUAACUCGGAGCAUUGAAAAAAUCCACUACUGUGAACGCCAAAAAAACUAUGAAGAAAGAAUACGGUCACUGAAAUAAAGAUCCAAAAAUGCUAUUCCGUUUGAGUUGGUGACUGAAAUCUUGGCAUUUUCCAUUCACUGAACAGAAAACCGCCCUUCAACAUGCUACCUUUAGGCAGUAUUUAUAGGAUCACCCUUGUGCUUUUAUUAGCAGAUUCGGUGUUUGCGCAGUACCAAAGGGAAAGAGGAAAAAAUAGCUACUACAACCAGCAGCAUAAGACAUUCCGUGCACGUCCCUUGUUCAAUAACCCCUCAGUUUCCCUUGGUAACUCGUUCAGAGAAGAGCAGUCGGUCGAGGACUCAAAUGUCCACCCCCUUACUCGCACCACGUCCAACUUCCGUGAGAGGCCAAACACAGGGCGAGCCAUUACUCGACUCCAUCCGUGUGAGCAAAGUUCGUGCUACCCUGCCACUGGCAAUUUGUUGAUCGGACGAGAGUCGCGGCUCUCAGCCACCUCGACGUGUGGUAUUGGUAGUCAGGAGAGAUUUUGUAUUGUAUCCCACCUCGAGGAACGAAAAAAGUGCUUCUGGUGCGACUCUAGAGAUGCAAAUAGAAAUGAAGUAACAAGUCACAGAAUUAGUAACAUAGUCAACAGAUAUGGCGCAGGGCAGUCAAGUUCGCAUCAACACCGAACAUGGUGGCAGUCGAAAAACGGUGUUGAAAACGUCUCGAUUCAACUUGAUCUGGAGGCGGAGUUUCAUUUUACUCAUUUGAUCAUCACAUUCAAGACGUUCCGACCGGCGGCCAUGCUCAUUGAAAGAUCCUAUGAUUUUGGAAGAAAUUGGCAGGUGUACAGAUAUUUUGCCUACAACUGCGAGGAGUCUUUCCCUGGUGUGCCAAGGCAGCCUCCGAGGACCAAAACUGACAUUAUUUGCGAAUCUCGUUACUCAUCUGUGGCGCCCUCAACAGAAGGCGAAGUCAUCUUCAGAGUGUUGCCCCCAAACAUUCCAAUUGAAGACCCCUAUUCACAAGAGGUGCAGAAUUUGCUGAAAGUGACCAAUUUGCGCGUCAACUUCACCAAACUCCACACGCUUGGUGACGAUUUGCUCGACAACAGGCAGGAAAUUCAAGAGAAAUAUUACUAUUCAAUUUAUGAAAUGGUGGUUCGAGGCUCGUGUUCAUGCUACGGGCAUGCAUCUCGUUGCUUGCCCCUUUCGAACGUCCUUGCUAGGCCAGAUAUGGUCCAUGGUAGGUGCGAGUGCACCCACAACACCCAGGGUCUCAACUGUGAGCAGUGCAAAGACUUCUUCAACGAUCUGCCAUGGAAGCCAGCCGUUGGAAAGCAAUCAAAUGCUUGCAAAAUGUGCAACUGUAACAACCACACAAAUUCUUGCCACUUUGACGAAGCCGUGUACGAGGCUAGCGGACGAGUCAGUGGAGGUGUUUGCGAUGGCUGCCAGCACUUCACCCAGGGCUAUCACUGCGAAGAGUGCAAGCCUUUUUACUACCAGUACCCCAACAGAGACAUCACUGACCCUUACGCCUGCCAACCUUGUGACUGUGACCUCAGAGGUUCAUUGGACGAAGGGAUCUGCGACUCUAAAUCAGAUCCCGCAGCAGAUCUGGAGUCAGGCCGCUGCCACUGCAAAAAGAAUGUUGAGGGCAGAAGGUGUGACAGGUGCAUGGCCGGCUUCUGGAACUUCUCGGAGGAAAAUCCAGAAGGAUGCGAAAAAUGCAGCUGCAAUUCCCUUGGCACACAUAACAAUCAGGGGUGUGACUUUUUCACUGGUGAGUGCACCUGCAAACGUUUUGUUACUGGAAGGGACUGCAACCAGUGCUUACCUCAAUUCUACGGACUGUCUGAGGAGCUUGACGGCUGCAAAGCCUGUGAUUGUGAUCCUGGUGGCAGCUUUGACAACGAUUGUGAUGUCAUUACUGGACAGUGCAGAUGUCGACCUAACGUUGGUGGACGGACUUGCAAUGAGCCAGUUCAAGGAUACUUCGUGGGCUACUUGGACUACAAUGUAUAUGAGGCUGAAUAUGCUCGCGGAACAGAGAGGUGCAGCCAAAAAUUUGAGAGGGACUCAAAUACAAAAUGCCAAGUUAUCAUCAGAGAACCGUACAGAGAUGGCAGAGAGCAAACAUGGACAGGCAUUGGCUUCAUGAAAGUCUUCGAAAACUCUGAGAUUGAGUUUGAUCUGGGUGACAUCAGAACCAGUAUGGACUAUGACAUCGUCAUCAGAUAUGAGCCACUGAUUGCAGGUGGUUGGAGUGAUGUGAAGGUGAUACUCAAACGACCUUUCAAUGACACCAUCGAUCCGAACGGCCCUUGUGCAAAGACCGUCCCAGAGGAUGACAUCAAAAGCGUGUCACUUCCAACUAACGGAAGGAGUACUGCUGUAUAUCCUCCUGUCUGCCUUGAGGCUAAUAAGGAUUACAAACUGGUCAUUCAAUUCCGACGACACGACCCUCAAAGUGAAUCACCAACAGCAACCAUUUUGAUCGAUUCUAUUGCUUUGGUGCCCAGACCAGAGGAGUUACCGUUCUUCCAGGGCAACCAAGUCAAUGAGAUCAAAAGGGACGAGUACGAGCGUUAUCGAUGCCACUUGCUUUUCCAGAAUGUUAACAAGGGACAGAUACCUGAAAUUUGCCGAGACCAUUAUUUCAGCAUUGGCGUCUUUGUUCACGAUGGAGCUAAUGAGUGUCAGUGCGAUCUGACUGGCUCAACAAGCACACUUUGCAACUCGCUUGGUGGUCAGUGUGAUUGCAAACCAAAUGUGGUGGGAAGAAAGUGCAACAGGUGUGCUCCAGGCACAUUUGGAUUUGGUCCUGAAGGUUGCAAAGCUUGUGAUUGCAAUUCCAUUGGCUCUCAAGACAACUUCUGCGACGUUCAGAGUGGGCAGUGCAAGUGCCGGCCUAACACUUACGGCCGCGAGUGUGAUCAGUGCCAACCUGGCUUCUGGGGUUUCCCCAACUGCCAGAGGUGCGAAUGUCACGGCCACGCUGACGUUUGCGACUCGAGGACUGGUGCCUGUACAGCUUGCAGGGACUCAACUCAAGGGCACCACUGUGACCGGUGCAUUGAAGGCUACUACGGAGACCCGAGAAUUGGUUACGACAUUCAGUGCAGACCAUGUCCCUGCCCUGGCACAGUUGAAUCUGGCCACUCGUAUGCUUCUAUUUGCGCUUUAGAUCCGCUUACCCAAGACGUCGUCUGCGAAUGCGAGCAUGGCUAUGCAGGGCCAAGAUGUGACAUUUGCGCCGACAACUAUUAUGGAAACCCUGACGAGCCAGGUGGCACCUGUCAACUUUGUGAAUGCAAUGGGAACAUUGAUGUGUCCAUUCCUGGUAAUUGCGAUGGCAGAACUGGAGAGUGCCAGCAGUGCCUCUUCAACACUGAAGGAUUUUCCUGUGAUGUUUGUAAGGCAAACUAUUAUGGAGACGCAAUCAACAAACUUUGCACAGAGUGCAUCUGCAACAUCCUCGGAACAGACAAAGCUGUUGGUGAGUGUGACCGUUCAACAGGACAGUGCCCUUGCCUACCAAAUGUAGUUGGGUUAAGUUGUGACCAGUGUGCUGAAAACCAUUGGAAGAUCGCCAGCGGUGAAGGUUGUGAGGCUUGUGAUUGUGACCCCGUGGGAUCUACCUCAGACCAAUGCAAUCAAUAUGAUGGACAGUGUGAAUGUAGAGAAGGCUUUGGUGGCCGGAGAUGUAACGAGUGCCAGGCAAACUUCUGGGGCAACCCUACCGUCGAGUGCAUGCCUUGUAAUUGCAACAUCUAUGGUUCUGAAACGAUGCAGUGCCACCGAAACAACGGCAGCUGUGUUUGCACGGCUGGAAUUGGGGGAGAAAAAUGUGACCAGUGCGCUAGAGGCUUCAUCGGAACCGCACCAUACUGCGAACCUUGUGGCGAAUGCUUUGACAACUGGGACAGGAUUUUGGAAGGACUUCAAGAGAGAACUAAUAGAGCCAUACAGAGUGCAUCAGACAUUAAGCAAACUGGAGCUACUGGCGCUUACACAAGAGAGUUUGAAAAUAUGGAGAAAAAGAUAAGUGAAGUCAAACAGCUUCUAGAGAGUAGUAAGGUCAGCUCUAGUGACCUGGACAAUUUGCGUAACAACAUUGAUGACCUAAGAGCCAAUCUGACAAGCGCAACAUCCAAUUUGGAGGGUGUGGAAGGCUUCCUUCAAAACCAAACUCAGAGAUUAUAUGAUGCUAACAUCACCUUAAUUAAUUUGCGUAAUGACGCCAACGCUCUCAAGAUGAAUGCUGAUACUUUGAAAGAAAAUGCGACUAGACUGCAAGAGGCCAACGUUGAAGGCGCUUUGAACCUGACCAGAGAAGCAUAUAAGCGCUCGCAGGAUGCUCAAGAUCAGGCGGAAUUAGUCAAGACUAUCAAUGACAAUGCGGAGAGAAAUUACAAAAGAACCGAAAGCCUUGUAGGCAGAGCAUCCGAGCUAUUUGCUGAGACCAAAAUGGAGAAUGAAAAAUCGCUGAAUAGUCUUAGCGACCGACUCAGCAUCCUCACCGAUGAAAUUCCGGAGUUAAACGAACACGUGUGCGGCAGGAGAGGUGACCCUUGUGACAAUCUUUGUGGAGGAGCCGGAUGUGACCAGUGUGGAGGUCUCUCUUGUGAGGAAGGAGCUGUUACGAAAGCAGUCCAGUCAAUGGACAUAGCUAGAGACAAUGACCAGAUUAUUAAGGAGAAGGAAACUAAGGCUGAGGAGCUUUUCCGAGGGAUUACUCAAGCUAGCGUCGAAGCGGCAAAUGCCAGAGAUCUUGCUAAAGAGGCUAACAUGGCAGCUAUGUUGACGAAGAACCGGUCUGAAAGUGGUGUGCAGGACAACAAUGAGCUGCUAAUUGAGGUCAACGGAUUCCUUGUCAAACAAAGAGCAACACCAGAGGAAAUUAAGAAUCUUGCUCAAGAGGUCUUAAGCAAGAAAAUUCAACUAGAACCUGCUCAGAUUUCCGAUCUGGCCCAGGAGAUAAACAACACAAUUGCCAGUUUGACAAACAUUGAUGACAUUCUUGCCGAGACCAGUGACGACCUAUUGGCUGCAAACAAUCUCAAGGUUGAUUCUGAUGCUGCGAAAGCCGAAGCUGAAGAAAUGUUAGAGCGUGCCAAAAAAGUAGUAGAGGACCUGGCUGAAGCUGCAAGCACUCAAGGCCUAGCAGAAGCUGCUAUUGAGAAAGCCAACAAGGACAUUUCCACUGCAGAGAAAGACUUAACUCAAAUUGCCAGUGAAAUGACGGAAGCGCAGCAAAAAUCAAAUGAAACUCUGGCUGAGGUUGACAGUCUUCUUAACAAAAUCAAACGCCUGCAAACCAAAUUCCUCAAAAACGAAAGAGAUGCGCGCGAGGUGAACGAAGAAGCCAAGUCUGUGGCCACCGAGACGCAAGCUGCUCAGACAAGAGGGUUGGAAUUACAGACAGCGUACAAGAAUGCGGAGCAGUUGCUUAAGUCCCGAUCAGCAAAUGCUAGACAGUCGCAGGAAAAAGUGGCUGCACUUCUGAAGAAAGCGUCUGAACUGUCAGUCGGCACCCUUGCUAAGUUCAAGGAACUAAAAGGAAUGGAGGCAAGCAAUCAAAAUAAUGAGGGAGUGCUGGUCGACCUCUCUAACGAAAUUGAGGAGCUGAACGAAAAAAUGAAGAUCAACCUGGUGGAGAUAAACCAAAAAUCGGAUUACUAUCGCAACUGUGUUUCAUGAACGAAAUUUAGUUUCUAAAGUGACUUUGACUGAGCCACUGGAGUGAAUUAAGUAAAGAAAAAUACACAACUUGCGCUGCUGCUGCCUUAGAUAUAAGUCGACAUGACAGCCAUAACUUAAGAUAAUUGUAGCAUUUUAUGUUAUAUUUUGAUUAAAUAGGAUGUUUUAAAUUUGAAUCUUCAUUUAGAAUUUUAAAACUAUGUGCAAUAUUUUUGUAAAUAAUAUAGGUCUCUGUCAAAAUCUAGUGCCAUUUCGCAACACCUCCUGAAAAUACUUUUAGUAAAAAAAAAAUGUGCAUAAUACAACAAAUAAACGAGUACUUGCCUUCA